AUUUUCAAAUUCCAUUUUUCAUUGUUUUGGGUCACCUCUACAGUCUACGGUUACACAACCCAAACAACGAGUUCGAUAGCGCUGCGUCCAUCUCCUGCCUCCCGUAAGAGCUCCCCAAACACUGGAUCAAUAAUGGACAUGGAUUGCGACGAUACUUCAAAACCUGAAGAGAAAAGUGGAGAGGAGGAGAGAAAGCCAAUCGUGGUGAUCUUGGUGGGUGCACCGGGCAGUGGCAAGUCCACUUUCUGCGAACACGUCAUGUGUUCUUCUUCUCGACCUUGGGUUCGCAUCUGUCAGGACACUAUUAAUAAUGGAAAAGCUGGAACGAAGCCCCAGUGCCUUAAGGCCGCAGCAAGUGCAUUGAAGGAAGGUAAAAGUGUAUUUAUUGACAGAUGCAAUCUGGACAGAGAACAGCGUGUAGAGUUUGUGAAGCUCGGUGGUUCCCAGAUAGACGUUCAUGCUGUGGUGCUUGAUCUUCCUGCUCAGCUUUGUAUAUCUCGUUCUGUGAAGCGCACUGGGCAUGAAGGAAAUUUGCAAGGUGGAAAAGCUGCUGCUGUUGUCAAUAGAAUGCUGCAAAAGAAAGAAUUGCCUAAGCUUUCUGAAGGUUUGUCUCGAAUCAUGUUUUGCCAGAGUGAGAGUGAUGUUCAAGCAGCAAUUAAUAGUUAUUGUGCACUUGGUCCUUUGGAUACCCUUCCAAAUGGUUCUUUUGGUCAGAAGAACCCUGAUGCCAAAGUUCAACUUGGUAUCAUGAAGUUCUUAAAGAAAGUAGAUGUUCCUUCCAAUGCAGGAUCCAGUUCAGGUAGUGUUCAGGAUUCUGCAUUUCCUCAAGUUAGCAAGGAAAGGAAUAAUUCUUUCAAAGGGCCAGAUAAUUUGUCAUCAUUAUCGGCUACUCCUUGUAAGGACGUAAAAGAAAGUGAAGACCUGCCUAAACACUCCAUUGGCUGUGAUGUUACUCCUGGCAGCAUUCCCACUCUUGCAUUUCCAUCUAUUUCAACAGCAGACUUCCAGUUCAACAGUGAGAAGGCAUCUGAUAUCAUGGUUGAAAAAGUUGAAGAGUUUGUGAAGAAGCUUGGAAAUGCCAGGCUGGUUCUUGUGGACUUGAGUCAUGGAUCAAAGAUUUUGUCCUUGGUUAGGGUUAAAGCUGCACAAAGGAACAUUGACAGCAAAAAAUUCUUCACAUUUGUCGGAGAUAUAACUCAACUAUAUUCACAAGGAGGCUUGCGCUGCAAUGUGAUAGCUAAUGCUGCCAAUUGGCGACUGAAACCAGGUGGUGGAGGUGUGAAUGCUGCAAUUUUCAGUGCUGCAGGUCCAGCCCUAGAGGUUGCAACUAAGGAACGAGCAGCUUCUCUUCUCCCUGGACAUGCUGUUGUUGUUCCCCUUCCUUCAAAUUCUCCCUUGUAUAUCAGGGAACGGGUAUCUCACAUCAUACAUGUCCUUGGCCCAAAUAUGAACCCACAAAGACCUAAUUGCCUUAAAGAUGACUAUAUUAAAGGCUGCAAAAUUCUUCGUGAUGCAUACACAUCACUUUUUGAUGGUUUUCUCUCCGUACUGAGGAACCAAGCAAAGUUAACAAGUAAAAGCCUUGUAUCAGAGAAAUCAUUGAAAGAUACCUCUUGCGGUGACCUUAGAAAUUAUUUGGCAAAUGGUGAUCAAAAGACUAAGAGAGAUGGUAAUUCUGUAUCUGAGAGAAGCAAAAAAUGCAAAGGAUCUCAUUAUGAAAUUGGAACUGAUGGUACUGGUUCUGGCUCUACACAAGGAAAGAUAAGUAAUGACAACAGUAAGAUUGAUGGAAGCACUUCGAAGAGCUGGGCCUCAUGGGCUCAAGCUCUUUGCCAUAUUGCUAUGCGUCCUGAGAAGCAUAAAAAUGUGUUACUGGAGAUAUCAGAUGAUGUUGCUGUACUAAAUGAUCUCUACCCUAAGGCACAAAAGCAUGUCCUCAUCUUGGCAAGAUGUGAAGGUCUUGAUUGCCUUGCUGAUGUACAGCAAGAACACCUUCAAUUGUUAACAACAAUGCAUGAUGUGGGCUUGAGAUGGGCUGAAAAAUUUUUGCAUGAGGAUUCAUCAAUGAUCUUUCGCCUUGGAUAUCACUCAGUGCAAUACCUAGUGCCAGAUUGGGAGUUGGUGUUAGAAGUUAUUUUCUCAGCUUGGAGAUGGCACUAUUUGUCUUAAGGUCCAGAACACAUAAAUGGUUGAAAAAUGGGAAUCCUAAUUUCAAAAGCUGCGGAUAAUAAUGAGGACUAAAUUGGGAAGGUUUGCUAAUGUGACAUUCCAAUCAAAGGAGCUAAAUUAUUAAUGAACCAAUAACUUGGGUUGUACCUUUGAGAAAACUGAUGAUUUUAGCAAUAUAAAACAUCGCUACACCUGGUAGUCAUCAUUAAAAUUAUUGAUCACUUAGUUAUUUUUGCAUCAGUAAUUAAGUGAAGUAAUAUGUAUCUGUUCAUGGACCCAAGGGGCUGUUUUGUUGCGUUUGCUUGUUUACCUGUAUUUGUGUUUCUGCAUCUUGGCAUAUUUUAUAUCUACUUUAUUUAAUAUCAAUAACAAUACCCACAGCUUUUUAACUCAUGUAAUGUUUUGUUUAUAGUUACCCUUUUUUGCUUAUUUUUCUGCCCAAAUUGUGCUCUGACUACACAAGGAAAUAGAAAAAAGUGCAAAGGGGAUUUCCUAAUAGGUGUUUUGGAUUCUUUCGUUGCAGGUUCCUUCCAUGCGACAGCUUCACCUGCAUGUUAUCAGCCAGGAUUUCAAUUCAAACCAUCUAAAGAAUAAGAAACACUGGAACUCUUUCAAUACUGCCUUUUUCAGAGAUUCAGUUGAUGUAAUUGAAGAAAUAAAAAACCAUGGCAAAGCAACAGUAAAAGACGACAGCUAUUUGUCAAUGGAGUUGCGUUGCCAUCGAUGUAGAAGUGCACACCCUACUAUACCCAGGCUGAAAUCACACAUCAACAACUGUCGAGCCCCCUUUCCUCCCUUCCUACUUGAAAAUGGUCGUUUAGUGCUUCCAGAAGAUAACAAUACGAAUGAUUCCUAGGUGUCUAUGACUUAUGCCUUGUCAAAAUCUUGUUGUACGUAACUUUAUGUUUUUUCUAGCACAAAAUAUAGGGCAAUAGUUUUCAGGCAGUGUAGGGAAAUCUGUUCUUGUGUAACAUAUGCAGUUGCUUCUUAAUUUGCCCUAUUUCGUCU